ACAGCGCGGCGUCGUUCUAUCAGCAUGCAGGCGUCGGACUGGCAAGUAGACGCGUUUCGAAGUUAUCAAACCUAUAACUAUGUGAACGCGGCUGUCACGACAUUCUGGAUAUAUGACUACAUCAUAACGCUCGAUGACGAAUUUGUGUUCCUCAGGAAUGCGAGAUUGCGUAAGACCAAGGUGAUCUAUGUUCUGACGCGGCUACUUCCCUUCGCCUCCCGCGCGGUGACAUUUCAGUAUACUCUGUCUUCGAAUCCUGCCCCUGAGACUUGUACGACCCUGAUGAACACGUUUUCUGCCCUGGAAACUUUAGUGGUUUUGUUUGCUGAAGUUCUCUUUGCUCUCCGGACGUACGCCCUGUGGCGACGAAACAGAGUCGUACUUGCUCUACUAUACGGUGGAUUUAUCGUAGCGACAGUCGGAGGCAUCGCUUCGUCUUUCUUGCCCAUUGGCCCACCGAUGACCGUGCUCAAUCUUCCGCGCUCGAGCGUCACCGGCUGUUUCGUCGUAACUCCGGGUGCAUCCCUAGCCGUCACCUUUGCUUUCUUAAUUGCACUCGAGCUAGAACUCGUGACUCUAAACGUCACGCGGGCGGUCUUCUCGCGGCGAGAAACGAGAGGCCGCCUGCUCGAGACUCUUGUGCGACAUAACAUCUUCUACUACGCUUGUGGCUUGGUAUUCUCAGUUGCAAACGUUUUGAUGGCAGUAUCGACGAAUUACGGAGGCGUUUUCAUGCUAGACGAUUUGCAGGUGUACAUCCACGCCAUUAUGGCGACACGCAUGCACCGCAUGCUGUGGAUUGACAGCGAACACGAGAGGUUCGAGGACUCUCAGACGACCAUAGCGCACCCGGAAUAAUCACAGGCUCUCGAUUCUCAUAAUUGCAUCCAGCCAAUAUUGUGUCUUCGAAGCUCGAAGUUAU